UCACUGAGGUGCUGGCUGGACAACACGGCAUUCUUUCUACUCCUGCUGCCUCUUGUUUGAUUCGUCAUCACCAAGCUCAGGGCGGAAUCCUGCUCACAGCGAGUCAUAAUCCAGGAGGUUUGGAUGCUGACUUCGGAAUUAAAUACAAUGUGGAAAAUGGUGGACCUGCACCAGAGAAAGUCACAGACACUAUCUACGAGGUGACGAAAACCAUAACUCAGUAUCGGACUAUUGCUGUACCAUUGCCUAUUGAUAUUACCAAGUUGGGCGAUCACGUCUUUCAUCUAAGUAAUGGAAAAGAGUUUAAGGCGAGUUUUUUCGCUUUUUCUAUUAUUUUUGUUAGUUGA